AGGAUCUGAGGACCAAUGCCAAAUCUUUUCAGUCUCCUGAGGGGGAAUAGGUUUUGUCGUGCUCGCUUUACGACUGUCAUGUUGUGCUUGGGCCAUGUUCGUUUGUUGAUGAUGUGGACACCAAGGAAGCUCUCAACCUGCUCCACUGCAGCCCCGUCGAAUAGUGGCGUGCUCGGUCCUCUUCUUCCUGCAGUCCACAAUCAUCUCCUUUGUCUUGAGAGAUCAUAAUGAAUAACAUAAUAGGGACAGGAGGGACCUGAUCCUAGAUCAGCACUCUUACUCUGAUGCUUCAUGAAUAGUUUACAGGCCCUGGUUCAAGAUAACAGGAACUGCCAGCAGGUGUAUGUGUAACAGGUGUCACUGUUGUAUCCUAAUAGUGUGUUUCUCAUUUUAAUCCUCCACAUCCUGGGUGCGAAAAAAUGUAGGCUACAUGUACGCGCCCUCUUUGGUGGUCAGUGCUCAGCUCCCCCGCGACCAAAACGCGCGUGACCACAGAUCAUUGUUGUUUCUACGGGUGACUAUAAAGUCCAAAAAUGUUCCCGUUUGCCAUCAAACGGCGAUUUUACUAACGGGUUGUUUUCGUUAUUGCCGCAGAGCGCGCAUCAAGUGGUUAUUGUCAGGUGGUCUGAUCCACCGUUGCUAUUUUAAUGGAGAGCUUUUUUCAAAAAUGACGGAUGCAGAAAUAACGUUUUUACCGGUGGGGCAGGAUAAUGAGAGAUUCGGAAGUAACCUGCUCGACAAUAAAAAGCUGACCCGCCUAUACUGCAUGAAUGGCGGACAUCAUCUGCAGAUUCUCCCGGAUGGAACCGUGGAAGCGGUCCUGCGGGUGAAAUCUGUGGACCGUGGUGUGGUUGUCAUCCAGGGGACAGAGGCAGGACGCUACUUGGCCAUGAGCAGUGAAGGAAAGCUCUACAGUUCAUCCAUAGUAACUGAUCAGUGUUAUUUCCUGGAGAAGAUUGAGGUGAACCACUACAACACCUACCAGGCCCAGAAGUACCAAGACGGGAGUUGGUACGUGGGACUGAAGAAGAACGGGAAACCCAAACUAGGCUCCAGAACCCACAUAGGGCAGAAGGCCAUCUUCUUCUUGCCACGGCGGUUGGAGGGCACAGGGGAGUGAAGGGUGUAAGGCCAGGGGUGGAUCUGAAAUGGCCAAAUGUAGUACACUGUAUUGGGAAUAGGGUGCCAUUUCAGACACAUCCAUUCCAAGGUGCUCAGUGGGAAAUUGCAGGCAAACAGACAUGCUAAUCAAACAGUAUUUUACAUGUUAACUAAGUACUGAAGCUUGUGUUGCAGGUUAUAACAGCAGCAGCACUUUCGCCGACCUGUUAUAGAUGCUGUCACCUGUAUAAACUAUUAUAAGCUAUGUGAUGGACAUCUGACUGGUAGAAUCAUGCUAAAACUCAACCAAAUUAAGCAUUCCACUCCACACUAUAACUGCAAUCUACUUUAUGCUGCUAACUAGACAUCUAGAAUGUAUAUCUUUGUUGAUGACUGUUGUCCACUGUGGUCCUCUGUAGCUCAGUUGGUAGAGCAGGGUGUUUGCAACGCCAGGAUAGUGGGUUCGAUUCCUGGGACCAGCCGUACUUUAAAAUGUAUGCACACAUUACUGUCAUUCUUUUUUAGAUAAGUGUCUGCCAGAUGGCAUAUAUUUAAAUGUAAUAUUGAAUCAUGACAACACCAAUGAUAUGUAGCCUAUAUAUGGAAAUAUGAGUAGUGUCUCUCACCAGGCAAUUGUUAUAGAAAGCUGAUGGAAAAUAUAUCAAAUACUGUACAUUGAAAACCAUAUAUUUUUAAACCUAUGGGACCUGUU